GUGCCAAUCAAGAAAACCACACAAAGCGAAAUUGGAUGCCUCACGUGAAAAUAUCAGACAAACGUAUUGUCUUUUACUUUAUGGGAGAACCUUGUCAAGUAGCCUGCUCAUGGCACGUUUCCCCUCACUCAACAGCAUGUUAGACCAGCUGGUGGCGACAGUGUGCCGAAAGAGCGGACAUUUAACACCAGAGAAGAAGUCGAAUUACGUUAGAGCAUUCAUGGACUGCAAGCGAUGUGUGGAGGUCGUGUUUAGAGUUCACCAUGCAUGAGGUCUACCCGACUCUUCUGUUAUGUGUGUAUGGCUUCUUUUCCAACCUCCGGCCGUCGGAGCCUUUCCUCACCGCUUAUCUGAUGGGACCGGACAAGAACCUGACAGAGACUCAGGUUGUCAAUGAAAUCUAUCCAGUAUGGACGUAUUCCUACCUGGUGUUGCUGUUCCCCAUCUUCCUGGCCACAGACUACCUUUGUUAUAAGCCUGUAUUGAUCCUACAGGCCACUGGCUUAGUAGUUACCUAUGUUCUGCUGCUGAAGGUCCAGGGCCUUCUGGCCAUGCAACUCCUGGAGUUUUUCUUUGGGUUGGCCACAGCCUCAGAAGUGGCGUACUACUCCUACAUCUACAGCGUGGUGGAGCCAGCACACUACCAGAGAGUGACUGGUUACUGCCGCAGCGUUACUCUGUUCGGAUCAGCUGCUGGAUCUCUGACCGGUCAACUCCUGCUCUCUGUGGCCAAAGUUCAGCUGCUCCACCUUGUCAUCAUCACUCUAACUUCCGCUGCCGUGGCCUUCGUCGCACCCUGGUUUCUACCCAUGCCCAAGAGAAGCAUGUUCUUCCACAAGAGUCCAGUAGCGGCGCAGGAGAGGCCGCCGAGCACCAGCACAGCCUUGCUGGAUAAGGCUGAGGAUGCAGACAUCAAAUUGCCUCUGAAAUCCCACAACGCCUCCAUGGUAUCGGAGUCCUCUGAGGCCGGAAGUCAUAGCAGUGGUUUUGUGGAUGUGUUGCUGAUGUUGUUUAAGGACCUCCUGCAGUGCUACAGAUGUCGCCCUCUGCUGGCCUGGUCGAUAUGGUGGGCUCUAGCCACCUGCGGCUACUUUCAGGUCAUCAACUACGUUCAACCACUGUGGGAGAAAGUUCGUCCAUCACAUGACUAUGAAAUCUACAAUGGCUAUGUAGAAACGCUGUCCACACUGCUAGGGGCUCUGGCAGCUCUGCUUGUGUCCUACCUUCCUGUGUGCUGGACACUGUGGGGGGAGCUGGCUCUGUGUGUCCUGUCCCUGCUGAUGGCCGUGUGUGUGUUCGUCAUGGACACGGUGAAGAAUAUCUGGCUGUGUUACAGCUCAUACGUCCUCUUCAGAGCCACGUACAUGCUGCUUAUUACUGUGGCCUCAUAUCAGAUUGCGGCCAGUCUCAGCAUGCAGCGCUACGCCCUGGUGUUUGGGAUGAACACCUUCAUGGCUCUGCUGUUGCAGUCUCUGCUCACUGUGGUGGUGGUGGAUACAGCUGGCCUCAGCCUUGAUGUUUUCACUCAGUUCUUCGUCUAUGGUGGCUACUUUGCGGUCAUCUGUCUGGUCUUCUUCAUCGCUGGGGUUUGUAAACUGGCCACCAGGAGGCGCUCCGAGCCGGCGGUCCUGGCCAACAGUUUGGCAGUAACCGAGUCACUUAGUGCCACCAGCUCCUGCUCAUAGCACAUAAUGACAGGCGUUCAUUUCCUUCUCACGUAAUAAAGCUGCAAAGGUGAAUGAGCACAGGGACUCUCUACAAGGUGAGCUUCAACCUCAAAGUUUCUCUGUUGUGUUAAAGUAAAGACACGGUAGAAUGUAGAGGCUAAAUCAAGAAGAAGAAGAAUGGCUUUAUUGGCAGUAAUAUAUAUUUUUACAUACACACACUGAAUUUGUCUUCUGCAUUUGACCCAUCCUUGGUUGAACACACACAUGCAACACCCGGCAAAUUACAUGCAGUGAAACACACACAGGAGCAGUGGGGAGCAAAUUGGGGGGUUAAGUGCCUUGCUCAAAGGCACAUCAGCUGGUUAAUGAAGGGGGAGGAGCAUUUGUCGCAUUAAUCACUCCAUCACUAUCAAAUUUUUCCUGCCCGUCCGGUGGGAGGAAUCGAACCAGCGACCUUCCCAUCACAUGCCGCUUCUCCAACCUCUAGGCCACGGCUGCCCCCAAAAUGGAAAUAAAUCUAUACUUAAUGAAACAUUUGAGGGUUUGUUAAUCCAUUUUGGUCAGAAGAACUCCAGAACAAGCUGACAGAUACACCCAGACAUCACUAUAUUGUUGUUAGACUUGCACAAAGUGUAUUUUUCAAAAUUUGCUGGACUGGCAGUGUACAACGUACAGCUGUCUGCUGCUACUGGUAACUUGUUUUGUGAUUUUUUUUAAAACAUCUGAUGAGGCCGCUGAGACUAAAUCACGCAUAAAAUGUGCAAUAUAACCAAAACAAUGAGUGAAUAGAGCUUUUAAAUUUGCACGGAGCUGCAGAGUUGGGGCGAUUAUUCUUCACAAUACGAGGAAGUCGCUUUUAAGUUGAAGUCUUUUCAUUCAGUGUGAACACAAAAGAUCAAUGCAGCUUUAAAAGACCACACCUCGCUUGUGUAGAUUUCACGCAACUUUCCGAGUGUGCAGCACUUCAUUUCUGUUUCAAAGCUUAUUGAAGCUGAUGCCUUAGACUUGAUGUAAGUCAUUCUUCACUGUAUAAAACAGUAGGAAUGUUACCUUAUUAGCACAGCUACUCCCGUGUAACAUUUGACACCAGCCAAAAAGAUAUGUUUGUAUUUUUAUAUUUAUUGUUUCCUCCCGAUUGAAUAAAUCGUGUGUUGCUCACUCAUUGAUAAGUAUUACUACUGGAGUAUUGAUAUCAGGUUAAUCAGUAUCUAAACACAAUGUUGUUGAAGCUUGAGAUGUUACAUUGUUGACUUGCAUCAUAUUUUUAGGCUGCUUACAAGAUGUUCACUACUGCUAAAUGGUCCGCUGGUGGAUUUGUGUGCCUUAAAAGGUCGAAAAAUACUCGGAGCUGCUUCUUCCUUUUAAAGAAUGAAGUCCUGAACUUAUUCAGGAAUAGGUUUCUUUGUUUUCAGCAAAUCCCAAGGAGAAGACCGUCAGUCUUUUAGGCCGUCUCACAAUACUUUCUCGUCUUCCUGCCCUGUCUGUGGCUCUCAGCUCCAAUCCCAUUGGAUCCAACUGAUCUAAAUCUGUCUCUGAACAGCUCACAAAUACAUAGGCUUCUGUGUUUUGCUAAAAUAUAUAUUUUCUAAAACAACUGGAUUUUUAUUUUUUAAACAAAUGUUACUCAAACAGGAGGAAAAAGUGUGUUUAUUGGGGACUGUUUUCAGAGGCAGAUUAAUCCAGAUGAUCCACACUUAAUGCUUCAGUGAGUGUGUGUGUGUGUUUGAGAUUGAGUCAAAAAUAAACUCAAGUGUGUGUGUGUUCAUGGCAGUGAAGAAACAUGCCACCCAGUGAGACAGUGUGACUCAUUAAAUAGUUUUUGGACAACAAAAGGUGGUUUGGGGCAAGACUAAACCCAAAAUUGUUGAAUGGCAAAAAUGCACUUGGGGAAAUAAAGCACUAUAUAAAUUUACAAUUUUUUUUUUUAUUUUUUUAAAAAGAAUUCCUGUUUCUUUUCUGAUGACCAAAUGUUAGCCACUGCUUUGGGUGGGGGUGGGGGGUGGACUCAUUUCUGACUCAUUUGAGUUAUGGUUAUGUAUUGUAUGAAGCUUGGUGUUAAUCUGAAUUUUUGUUAAAUUCUUGGCACUGUUUUUUUUUUUUUAUACUUGAUCUUGUGUUUAUUUCUGUUUGUGCAGUUUGGCACCUGCCAAAAAAAAUGUAAAGGUGUGUUUUGAUAGUACUGUAAUUUAAACUGUGACCCACACACACACUUUAAAAACACUCAGAACACAAUAAACAGAACUAUUAGGCAAAAAAAAAA